AUGAGCAAUUGUGAGGACAAUAAAACAUUUGUUGAAAAACUCAUCGCCGAAGACAGUCAUCGAGAGUCGAGUGAAUCCACGAAAAGACAAUCAAUGGAUGAAAGAGUUGUUCGCAAAAGUAGACAAUUGAAGCGAAAGCCCAUUAAAAAGCGAGUGAUUCGUAAACCAGUCGUCGAAGACAUUAAACCAAAGCAUAACAAGACUUCAGUCAAGACUAACACUAAAACAAAUGCCAAACAAAUGAAUGACAACAACGAAGACAUAAGUGAAGAGUCGGACGAGAGUUAUGUCGAAGAAUUGGCCGAAGAAUCAGACGAUAGUUAUGUCGAAACGAAGACAAAGAAAGCAAUCAAAAGACGUCGAUCCAUAGUCUGCUUACGUUCUCACAUGCAGUCACACAACACAAACAGAAGAAGAUUUGUAUGCGAUGUCGUUGACUGUGAGAAGACAUUCACGAGUUCCCAUGGUUUGGAUUAUCACCGGCGCAGACAUCGAAGUGAACCCACGUUUCAGUGUCCGACCAAAGGAUGCGUUGAGAUUUUCUUUAAUAUAUCUCAACGCCGUAGACAUCAGAUUGCAGUCCAUAACCGCAAACCAUUGAAUAUACGAAAAUAUGUGUGCGAUUGGCCGGGAUGUGAGUGGACGGGUCGUGCCAUUGGUCAGCAUAAACUGCAACACACGGGCGAAAAGCCGUUCGUUUGUUUAUGGCCAGAGUGUGGCAAACGAUUUGGUCGAAUGGACUAUUUUAAAUACCACAUGAAUAUUCAUAACAACGUUAAGCCCUAUGUGUGUCAUUGGCCCGGAUGUACACACAGUUACGCACAUAUCGCUAAUCUUUCGGCACAUAUCAAGCGAUUUCACACUAAAUAA